UGACUGAACUCAUCAGGGCUCACAAGUGUGGUAUAUAUAGCCACUUUACGAUCCUAUAGAGGUACUUGCGCGUGAUUCAGGCUAAGUGAUUCAGUUGUUGAUGCAGUUGGUCGCCUAGGACUUCCCCUUGUACACCGAUUGCCAUUGAGGAAGUGGAACCAAAACCAGAUCGCAGCUAAUAUACAGGAAGGAAGACUUCGGCCUAAGUCAGAGACAACUGUUUGCACCGAACAUGGCAAUUGUUUAUGCAAGAAUUUGCUAAUACAUCGCCUCAGAUGGCGCACCUACGUCAUUACUUCAAUCCGUCAGAGUCGCUAAUUACAAUUUAAAUACGUACGAGUUCGAGCAUUUAUGAUGAGAGGCUGUGCCAGGUCGUACUAAUAGAGCCAAAUCAUUCACCACGCUAUUAGAGUCAAGAUCAGGUGCCAUAUGUACCUAUAAGCUAUAUAUGCCCACUCACGGCAUAACGGGUUGCGGUGUGAAUGACUUGGCGCGGGCACCGUGUCAGUAAAUAUUGAGAAAACAAAGUGAUCAUAAAAAACCAUAUCAUACAAAGCGACGAGAUCUACGUGAGCGGCAACGCAAUUCUACUGGGGUUUUGGUCGGUGCCAAAACCUGAUUGAUAAGCCAGCGCCUGAGAACGGCAAGAACCGAUCAGCCGCCGAUAUCCAUAUAAAUAUGAACAGGCUGGUCACCGGCAGUAUUGCAGUUCAGUACUUGAAGCGGAGCACUUCUUUCCGAGUCAUGUCAGUUCAAGGAAUUAUCCAAAGCCUCCUGGUGGCCCUGCUCCUUCUCCGUGUCGUAUCCGGAUCCCCGGCCAGGGGAUAUUACCAAUCCCCAACGCGAGGCGGUCGCAGCUAUACGGAUAUCGCCAGAGUGGUUAAUCCCAAUCAAUACGCCUUCCCGGGAUCCCGCACCUAUCCGGGCCAACCCUUCUGGCCAUCGGGAUAGAAAUAACUAUAUACUAUGUUGUUUAUGAAUGUACAAGACUCGUCUCAGGAUUAGCUAGACAAUGAACUGUUACAUAUUGUACCGGAAGAUAUUCAAUAGAAUUAAGUUAAAGAUAAGUACCAGAAACACUGCGCCAAAAACUAUUCCAAUGGAAUAAUAUAAUU